CUUUUUCCGAAAGUUCCAUAAGAGCUGGAGGAAGGAGCCGUGUGCACGUUUUGCCAGACGCAUUGAAUAAACGGUCUUUUAUUAUACCUUAUCCGCCUUGUCCAGAGUCUCAACUUGAUCUCAUUUCUCAUAUUUUAUUCAUUAACAGUAUAUUUCUAAAUCUAAUAAAACAUUGUUUAACUUGACUUUUAACCAAAAUAUAAAGGCUGGAGGUUACCGUGGUAACGGGCGGUGAGAGGUUGCGCUUGAGUAAACAGCGACUUGAAUCCCAGACAAGUUUAUUUCAACUCUAGCGGGAGGAAAAUAUGUGAUGGAAACGGUUAUGCGAAUACUGUAUGUUACAUGGGUAGUGUGUCACUGCAUUAUGUUCGUGUGCACUACGGAUGUGUGUGCCUGUUAGUGGAAAAACAGUUGGUCACAAGACCUUGCUGUUGCAUUCAUUAGCACUUUUCCACGCUACCUGCUACCCAGAAACAAAUCCUUCUUCAACUCCUCCUCCGCUACGGCUUGUGGCUCAGAGACGCUGUAGAGAAACUCUAGACUUGCUACCACAUUGUACCUCCUUCUUGUCGAGAGUACAGCUGAUCAAGAACAUUGAUGACCAUCUGCUGAGAGCCUCUGACAGUGGCCUUGUUUAGUGAGGUGCUGCUUCCACCCGUCUCCAUCCUUCUACCCCGGUCUCCAUCCUUCUACCCCGGUCUCCAGCCCUGCACCGGUCUCCAGUCCUUCACCCUCUACUUUGUUCUUAUCUCCACUCCAUCUUUCUGUCCCCAAUCCCUCUACCCUGGUCUCUGCCUCAACCCUCCACCUUAUUCCUACCCUCCCCGAACCAUCACCAUGGGGGCUGAGAAAGACACAGACACCAUUUUGACUGGCUCCAUGCGUAUGAAGCAGGAAAUCUCCCUGCUCCAAGGGGUCUGCCUCAUUGUGGGAAGCAUGAUCGGCUCAGGCAUCUUCAUCUCCCCCAAAGGGGUGCUCUUCUACACAGGCUCCUUCGGCCUGUCUCUGGUGGUGUGGGCCAUCGGCGGGGUCUUCUCUAUUUUCGGGGCCCUGUGCUACGCCGAGCUGGGAACCACCAUCCGCAAGUCUGGGGCCAGCUAUGCCUACAUCCUGGAGUCCUUUGGUGGCUUUGCGGCUUUCAUUAGGCUGUGGUCGUCCCUGAUGCUCGUGGAGCCAGCAGGCCAGGCUGUCAUAGCCCUCACCUUCUCCAACUACCUGGUGCAGCCCUUCUACCCCACGUGCUCAGCCCCCUACGGUGCUGUGAAACUCAUAGCAGCAGCCAUCAUCAGUCUCCUGACGUGUGUGAACUGUAUGAAGGUGAAGUGGGGGGCCAUUCUCCAGGUGGUCUCUACAGUAGCCAAGGUCCUGGCCCUCAUUGUCAUCAUCAUUGCUGGGAUGAUCAAGCUGGGACAAGGCCAGACGCAGAACUUUGAGGAUUUGUUUAAGGGUUCGAAAGUGAACCCUGGGGACAUGGCCCUGGCUCUGUACGCUGCGCUCUACUCCUACUCGGGCUGGGACGCACUCAACUUCAUCACCGAGGAGAUCAAGAACCCGAAGAGGAACCUCCCAUUGGCAAUAGGGAUCUCCAUGCCCAUCGUCACAGUGAUCUACAUUCUGACUAAUAUAGCUUACUACACCGUUAUGGAUGCUGGCACUGUGCUGGCCAGUGAUGCUGUGGCUAUGACUUUUUCUGAUUUGGUCCUGGGUUGGGCUCGGUGGCUGAUCCCCUUGUCAGUGGCCAUCUCCUGUUACGGAGGACUCAACUCCUCCAUCAUUGCUGUCUCCAGGCUGUUCUUCGUGGGCUCCAGGGAGGGCCAUUUACCCAACGUCCUCUGCAUGAUCCACGUCGAGCGCUACACCCCCAUCCCAGCACUGCUCUUCAACGGAGGCAUGUCUCUGAUCUACCUGUGUGUGAAGGACGUGUUCCAGCUCAUCAACUACUUCAGCUUCAUCUACUGGCUCUUCAUCGGCCUCUCCAUCGCCAGCCAGAUAUACCUCCGGUUCAAGGCUCCCAACAUGCCCCGGCCCGUCAAGCUCUCUCUGUUCUUCCCUAUAGUGUACUGCCUAUGCAGUGUGUUCCUGGUGGUAGUACCUCUCUACAGUGAUACCAUCAACUCUCUGGUUGGUAUCGGGGUGGCUUUGUCUGGAGCUCCAGUGUACUACAUCUGUAUCCACCUGCCCCCCUCCUCCAGGCCUGCCUUCCUGGGCAGGAUGCUCGAUGCGAUCUCCCUGAACACCCAGAAGCUGUGUCUGUGCUGUGUGGCCUCACGUGACCUAGACCUGGACAACAUCCCUGAGGAGAAGCUGGAGUGAGAGAUGAAAGGAGGUGUGGAGGGAUGGAGGUAGAUACUGAGCCAAAGGUGGAAACAGGCAGACCACAAUCACAGCUACACUCCUUCUGCGCCAAUGAUGAACAUUUGUUUUUAAUGAUUUUUUUGCCAGGACUUUAUUAUUAAUAAUGUGUGACUUGCUUGUCCUAUGGGACUGUACAGUGUGUGUGUGUGUUCAGUGCUGAGGAAAGCCACUUUCUAGUGCCGGUGGACUCUGACAACUUCAUGCAUGCAGCACAAUGUAGUUCACUCCUACUGGUUACACCUAUGGAGACGAUCAACCAUGGGAGUUUAACCAUUUAACAACGCAAGAAUUUCAAAUGGAGAUUUGAACAGGCCCUACUGAUCAUUUAGGAGGAGUAGGUUUUCAUCAGCAGGACCUACUGAAUAAAGCUAGUGGAGAUUUGAUAUUUUUUUUAUAUUAAAUGAGUUAUUUGUUUUGAAAGAUGGAAGUGUCAGUCAAAGAUGCCCAUUCUGGCCAUACUUUACUUGCAGUAGGCCAGGUGGUGUGUGUGCACAAACUGCACAUGGGUUGAGCCGUUAUGGCAUCAAAGUAAUGUUUAUUGGUGAAGCUGACAGACGGUGAAUUUUUAUUUUACCUUCAUUUAACUAGGCAAGUCGAUUAAGAACUUGCCCUUGUUCAGGCCAGGAUACGUUUCCAAUAAUAUACAGAAGACUGGUCUCAAUGUUUUUUUGUGUGUUUUUUUUUUAAAUAAAAAAUAUACCCAUUAGAUGGCGAUCCUAUUCAUGACAUCUCUGCCAUAGACUUACCAUGGUGUCAUGCAUGUCUUGCUCUCUGUUUUUUUAUAGACCUAGAAAUCCUACGACAUGAAUUUGGUAGGAUCCAAUGCCGUAAAUAUGCACAUUCAUGCAAUUUGGAUAAACACAUGAUGCAGCUUGCAGGAUUAGAGGACUGCAACAUCUCCUUUAUAAUGCAAUUCAUUGAGAAGCCAGAUCAAAUAUUAAAGCUACUGGCUGAUACAUAUUUGAUUUCUAUGCACCAUCUAGUGGUAGUUUUAUGAACUUCAGGUUGUUGAGAGCAAGUCAAUGUUGUGGAUCACUGCACUCGGGGCACUUGCAUCCAAAAGUUGUUGUUCUGAAUGCCCUGUCUCUUAUUGGUGUAUGCAUGUAUGUUGUCAUUGGACAUUUGCUUUAAAGGGGCAAUCAUCAGUUUAAACUAUAACAAUGUGGCGCAGUGGUCUAAGGCACUACAUCUCAGUGCUAGAAGUGUCACUACAGACACACUGGUUUGAAUCCAGACUGUAUCUCAACCGGCCGUGAUUGGGAGUCCCAUAGGGUGGUGCACAAUUAGCCCAGCGCAUUCUGGGUUUGGCCCUGUAGGCUGUCAUUGUAAAUAAGAAUUUGUUCUUAACUGACUUGCCGUGUUAAAUAAAAUGGGUACUCCCUGCCCCUGUUUUGGUAAAAAGCUGAGGGAGAAAUAUAGCCACUCAAAUUCAUAGACAGUGCUAUGAAUGCAAGGACUGACCAUCCAUGAUAUCAAAAUGAUAGUCUUAACCAUUUUGAGGCCGUUUGUUUUUCUCGGUUCUGAUGGUGAACGUCAGUUGAACUAAGCUCAUCAGGCAUUUAUAAUUUAUAUUCUUCAAGAAUCAAUGGGUACAUAUCAUUCUUUUAUAAGUCCAAAAAUCGAUGGAGCAACUCCAUAUUGACCCUUUUUAAUAAAUGAUCUCAUUCCAUCAAAAGCUGUUUACCAAGUCCUUUCACCUGUCAAUCAAAUCAAUUUGUUUGCAUUACAUGAACUGAAUGUGAAACGGUAACAUUUCCAUGGAUGUGUGACUGCCAUUUGAAUGUUUUUGGAGUUGGUUUUUUUGUCACUUUUUAUAGUUCUCAGUGGUCAUUUGUAAUUGUAAUAAUUUAGCAGAUGCUGUUUCAGAGUGACUGAAAUUAGCAAUUAGGGUUAAGUGCCUUGCUCAAGGGCACAUCGACAGAUUUUUCACCUAUAAAGCACAUAAAUCCAUUUUUACAUUUGGGAAUUAUUAUGGUCAGGUUAUGGCAGAGUCAAUAUGAACUGUGGUCGACCCGUCUCACUCGCUUUAUCAAUGUCACCCUUGGUGAUAUCACUUUAUCAAUGUCACCCUUGGUGAUAUCACUUUAUCAAUGUCACCCUUGGUGAUAUCACUUUAUCAAUGUCACCCUUGGUGAUAUCACUUUAUCAAUGUCACCCUUGGUGAUAUCACUUUAUCAAUGUCACCCUUGGUGAUAUCACUUUAUCAAUGUCACCCUUGGUGAUAUCACUUUAUCUUCGACUGCUUUUGGUUCACUUUCUGCAAUCAUUUUUACUCUACAUUACUGCAUAACUAUGGAUUCCAAAGUACUGGUGACAUUUUAACAAAUGAACUCAUUAACUUCAAUCUGUCCAUCCACGUGACGGAAAUAGGCGUUUCCUACCGUCAUUCCUAAUUCACAGGAUCUGUACAGGUAUGUGUAUAGCAUGUUACUUUAAAAAUCAAAGGUUUAACUUCACAAUGAGUGACUAGGUCCAUCACUAUACAUUACAGAACAACAGGCGUUUCUGUUUCAAUCUUUAGUAGGAAUAUUAUAUUUGGGUGUCUGAACUUGCUGAAUAAAAUAUCUCCCACAGGGGAAAACAGUGGUG